CCCCUCUCCCUCUCCCUCUCUCUGCCCACAGAAUUUUCUGCAAUUCUGCUCUCUCUCUCUCUCUCUCUCUCUCUCUCUGCCCACCGAAUUUUCUGCAAUUCUGCUUUCUUGAAUCAGCCAUGUCGGGCGCCGAUUUCUCGCUCACGGCUAGGGGCCGGCUCGCCGUUCUGUCGGCGCAUUUAGCUGCCGCAAUCGAUCGCCGGGAGCUCGAGGCUGCGCCGCUCAUCGAGGCCAGCUGCACCUUAGCUCAGAACAGUGUCUCCCCUCCCGGUAACCUCAAGGGGACUCUCACCGUCGUUGACGAGCGCACUGGGAGGACGUACCAGGUUGCUGUCUCCGAGGAAGGCACUGUUAAGGCAACCGAUUUGAAGAAGAUUACUUCUGGAAAGAAUGACAAGGGUAUCAAGCUUUACGACCCGGGAUAUCUGAACACUGCUCCUGUUCGAUCUUCUAUUUGUUACAUUGAUGGGGAUGCAGGAAUACUUAGAUAUAGAGGCUACCCAAUUGAAGAAUUGGCUGAAAGCAGCUCCUUUGUGGAAGUGGCUUACCUUUUGAUGUAUGGGAAUUUGCCUUCACAAAGUCAAUUAGCAGACUGGGAGUUUGCCAUUUCUCAGCAUUCAGCAGUUCCACAGGGAAUUGUGGAUAUAAUCCAUGCAAUGCCUCAUGACGCACACCCAAUGGGUGUCCUUGUUAGUGCCAUGAGCGCUCUAUCUGUUUUUCACCCUGAUGCCAAUCCUGCUCUCAGAGGCCAAGAUAUUUACAAAUCGAAACAAGUGAGAGAUAAACAAAUAGCAAGGAUUCUUGGGAAGGUACCAACCAUUGCAGCUGCUGCUUAUUUAAGACUGGCAGGAAGGCCACCUGUUCUCCCUUCAAACAGUCUCUCUUACGCAGAGAACUUCCUGUACAUGCUGGAUUCAUUAGGCAACCGGUCUUACAAACCCAAUCCUCGGCUGGCUCGGGUGCUGGAUGUUCUCUUUAUUUUGCAUGCUGAACAUGAAAUGAAUUGUUCCACUGCUGCUGCAAGGCAUCUUGCGUCAAGUGGUGUUGACGUAUAUACCGCACUUGCUGGAGCAGUCGGAGCUUUGUAUGGACCUCUUCAUGGGGGAGCAAAUGAGGCUGUCCUUAAGAUGCUGAAUGAAAUCGGGAGUGUGGACAAGAUUCCUGAGUUCAUCGAGGGUGUCAAAAACAGGAAGCAGAAAAUGUCAGGCUUCGGCCACCGUGUUUACAAGAACUAUGAUCCCAGAGCAAAGGUUAUUAGGAAACUGGCUGAGGAAGUAUUUUCAAUUGUGGGCAGAGAUCCUCUUAUUGAGGUAGCUGUUGCUUUGGAGAAAGGUGCGCUUGCUGAUGAAUAUUUCGUCAAGAGGAAACUGUAUCCGAAUGUAGAUUUUUACUCUGGACUAAUCUACAGGGCAAUGGGUUUCCCAACUGAGUUCUUCCCAGUUUUGUUUGCCAUCCCUCGCAUGGCUGGGUACUUAGCCCACUGGCGGGAGUCCCUGGAUGAUCCCGAUACAAAGAUCAUGAGACCACAACAGGUAUACACCGGGGUUUGGAUGCGACACUACAUGCCGCUGAAGGAGAGGAUGAUAACUAGUGAGGCUGACAGACUCGGACAGGUUUCCAUCUCAAAUGCUUCUCGACGUAGGCUCGCUGGGUCUGGUGUCUAGAGCUUGUUUCGGGUUUGAUUAUUAGAUUGUUGAAAUAAGCUUCUCUUGAAAUUGGUUGGAGAAGUGAAGGUCGUCCCCGGAGGUCAAUCAGCGCCAAUAAAGAAAGAAUGCACUGAACUGAAUGUAAUAGCAACAGUGUAGUGUUAAUUAGAACUGGUAUUCGUGGAACAUAAUUGAAAUGUUUCUUUUGCCUUGUCUUAUGUCACUCAUAUUAUGGCCACCGUUGGCUUCUGCCAGGA